AUGCGGAGCCCCGCGGCGCCCCCGCGCCCGGCGCCCGCCCCCCGCGCCGAGCGCUCGGGCCGCCGGGCCGGGCCGCGGGCGGCGGGCGGGGCCGAGGCGGCCGGGCGCCUCCCCCGCGGGGGCGGGCCGGGCGCGGCGGCGGCGGCGGCGGCGGCGGCAGGCGCGCUGCUCGGCGCCUGUCUGGAGCGCCACGGGGCGCCUGUGGCCGCGGAGCUGCCCGCGCCGGGAGGAGCCUCGGCGGGCGGCCCCGGCGGCGGCGCGGGCGGCGUGGCCGAGGUGAGGCCGUGGCGCUGCGGCUGCCUCGGCAGCACCUGUUGGUGCCGGAGCCUGGUGCUGGCGUGCGUGCUGGCCGCGCUGUGCUGCGCGUCGCUGGCGCUGGCCCGUCGCUCGCUGCAGCACCUCCUGCUCUGGGUGGAGAGCCUCGACUCGCUGCUCGGCGUGCUGCUCUUCGUCGUGGGCUUCAUCGUGGUCUCGUUCCCCUGCGGCUGGGGCUACAUCGUGCUCAACGUGGCCGCCGGCUACCUGUACGGCUUCGUGCUGGGCAUGGGGCUGAUGGUGGUGGGCGUCCUCAUCGGCACCUUCAUCGCGCAUGUGGUGUGCAAGCGGCUGCUCACCGCCUGGGUGGCCGCCCGCAUCCAGAGCAGCGAGCAGCUCAGCGCCGUGAUUCGCGUGGUGGAGGGGGGCAGCGGCCUGAAGGUGGUGGCGCUGGCCAGGCUCACCCCCAUCCCGUUCGGGCUGCAGAACGCCGUGUUCUCGAUCACCGAUCUCUCCCUACCGAACUAUCUGAUGGCAUCCUCGGUGGGCCUCCUUCCCACCCAGCUCCUGAAUUCUUACCUGGGGACCACCCUGCGCACCAUGGAAGAUGUCAUUGCGGAGCAGACUCUUAGCGGAUACUUCGUUUUCUGUUUACAGAUAAUUAUAAGUAUAGGCCUCAUGUUUUAUGUCGUUCAUCGAGCUCAAGUGGAACUGAAUGCAGCCAUUGUCGCUUGCGAAAUGGAACUGAAAACCUCUCUGGUCCAAGGAAGCCAGCCAGCUCUCAGCGGCUCUUCAUUCUCCAGCAAGAGGACCCUCGCGUUUUCCGGAGGCGGAAUCAAUAUCGUAUGAUGCUAACGGAAUGGGUGGCUGUCAAGCGCUUCCUGUGCGGUCCCAAGGUCUCGUGACACCUCACUUAGCAGGCAGUGGCAACUUCAGACUGUCUGACGGCACAAACGAAGUGAACUGGUUUUUGAAUUGCACAAUAUUUUUUAAAGCGAACAGUUGUCUACUGGACAUGGACCUGUAAAUGUCAACGCAAUUUUGGCUGCACCUCUUUAUAAUUUUUGUGCCUGUAAUGGCCUAGAGAUCUGCACUUUAGUGUUUUAACUUUUUUUUCUGGGCACUUAAGAACAGAGAAAAUGGCCCCCCUCCCCAACAGACCCCCCCUUCUUUUUUGGCUUAGUGUCUUUAUAAAACCCAUGGAUUAGUUGUAUGUGUCUUUUCUACUUACAAAGAGGAACUAAAGUGAGCAAAUUUACAUGUCUAGGAUCCUUAGGUGUUUCUUGCUUUGGGCAGCCUCUCCAGCAAGGAUGGACAGUGCUUCUUGCCUGUUUCAUUGUUCCAAGUGAAACCACUUUGUUUUCUCUGGUUCUUCCUAGUUGUCAAAUAGAUGUGCCCUGGCCUGGCUGUACACACAUGAGUAUCGCCCUGUCGCUCAGCCAUUCGUCCCUGUUCCUCACUUAAGCCCUCCAGACGAGACUGAAGUGCUCUUAAGACACCUUUGCAUUUUCAUGUUGUAUUGUCCUGUACAAAGCAAGAGGGAGUUAUUGGAUGGGUGGUGGCCCAAAUGAGAACAGGUGUUCCGAUCCCAUUGGCUUUAUUUACUCUUGCGUCAAAGGGCUGUCCCAGUGCAGUCUUCCCCAAACACUGUAUGACAAUAGAUUACUUUCUUUAUAAUUUUCAUCACUGGGCUUUGAAAUAAGAAUGCUGUUUCUGUAUAAUGGUGUGUUUACCAUCAUGAAGAUGUCACUCAGGUGGCCUUGUUUCAUCAAAACAAAACGCCUUUUGGACAAACCAAGCUUUAAUAUCUUGUUUGUAAUUCCACUGAAGUACCUAUAUAUAUAUUUGUCCCUAUUGUCUUCAGCUUUAAAACUGUUAAUGUAAUGUUAAUACCCAAAUUUGUAUAAUUUGGCCUAUUAUAGAGUAGGUUUGUUCAUCUUCUGGUCUUUUUUUUUUUUCCCUCUGAUAAAACUCAGGAAUUCUGAAAUGUGAAAAUAAGUCUCAAUUCUUUCUCCUCUAGCAUGAAUUGAGUGCAUAUCUUCAUAGCGCUUAUGAGUAAGGUAUAUAAUCAUUUGGCAAAUGUUUCAUACAUGUGUUCAUUUAUCAUUUUCUAUAGUUUAAUUGAGAACUGAAUGAACUUUUUAACACCGAGAUCAUAAAUAUGAAUGCAGAUUUUCUGGUAGGGAUCUCUUUUUUGGCUCUGAAGAUUCCAGUAUAAGAAACCACCCAUUUGCCUUUCCAUUGGAGUCAAAAUCAUUGCCCUGAAUUGCGAAAGUGUAAAAUAUUCCUUGGAAGAUUAUUUUUGUCUUAUGUUAGAGAUACAGUUGAUAAUUUUAAUAUGUAAACUUUUUUUUUUGUCUCAUGGAGACUGGAGUUGUUUUCCUGCGUGUUAAUUAUGAAUUAAAACUUAAGUUUUCUCACCAUUUAGUAACAGUGAAGUUCUUUCAUAUACUUAUUAUACCAGGAAGGCCUUAGUGCAAAUAAUCUGAGACACACCUGGGUUUAUAGCCAUUAAUUGGCCUCCAAAUACUUUCUUCCUUUAUUGGUUGAAAAUAUAAUAUUGGGAUAUUCUUAAUUUUUUAGAAUCAUGAUUUUGCUGCAGUUUAUUGAUUUUUAUAAUAAUUGCAGCGGACAAUAAUUUGAUUUUCUGUUUAACUUGACAAUAUUUUCCUUAUGCUUUUUGUCAAUAUUUGUCGAAGGAAUUAUAACUUAUGUUCACUACUUUCUUGUGUUACACUUCAUGUAUUAUGAAGUGCAUUAAUUAGCAUUUUGUAACUUGAAUUAUUUCACCAAAUGAAUACUUUUUGGUAGUUUGUAAUGAAUUCUUCCAAUUGUUGCAAGUUUGCCUGAUACUUAAAAUAAAGCUGUAAAGGUAAAAUACUUUUUCUGUAUUCUACCAAUCAUAAUUUUAUAUAAUAAAAUCAUUCAUUUUUACUUAACAUACUAUGGAUUUGAUUUUCUAAAAUACCAAUCUGAAGAAGUGGCUGUUUUCCUUGGUUUCCAGCUUCCAAGUAAAAAUUUGGAGGUGAUGCUAUAUGACAGCUGAUGUGGCCGCUGGGUCCCGAUGUGUUCACUGUAAAGCACUGUAUAAAACAUUGCCAAGCUUCACUCAACUUCGUCUUUCUUUCCUUCUUUAUUUUGAAAGGGGGGCCAUACCCGGCUGUGCUCAGGGCUUAGUCCCGGCUCUUCCCUCAGCCGGGGCUCAGGGCACCCUGUGUGGUAUCAGAAUUGAACCUGGCUAGUCGGCCUGCAAAUGCAUCCUACAUCUGUACUAUCUCCCCAGCCCUCACCUCAUCUGUAACACUACAUCUCAGUUUUGUGACCACAGCAAAUUUCUCCAGGAAUUUUUUAGGGUCACCCAAAUUAUUUUUAGGGUCACCCCCCCAAAAUUAAAUAAAAUUUAAAUGUUACAAAUUUCUCAAGUCGUUUAAGUGCAUAUAAUUUUUAAUGUACAUUUUUUAAAAAGCAUAUACUAUACCAAAUUUUCAUAUUUGAAGAGCGAAUAUUGUUCUGUUUUUAAUUCUAAGGACCUUCUGCUAAGCUACCUGGAUUCUCUAGCAUAUUGUUACAGGGAAUUCACUUAGUCUUUGCUGAAUAUUGCCAUGUUAAUAUUACUUGAAAUGCGACUUUCUUAAAAGAAAUAAAACAAUAGAAUAAUUUGC